AUGUUGUCACCAAAGACUAAUUAUGCUACUUAUUUGGUGUUCAAAUUGGUAAAUCAUAUGUUCCAUGGACUUGACUAUGCUAAUGCAAUUAUUAGGUUUGUUAAUUAUGAGAGUGACACUGAGACUGAAAACCAAGCAAAUACUGUGAAACUUUCAAGUGGGAAUAUUCCAAAAAUGAGAAGAGAUGGAUGGAUGGAAGUAGAAUUGGGAUACUUUGGUAGCAAGAAAGGUUAUGAUGGACUUGUUGAAGCAAGACUGCUUGAGAUUAAACGUCUUCAUUACAAAGGUGGACUCAUUGUUGAAGGGAUUGAGUUUUGUCCCAAAAUAAUUGAAUACACGUCUUCAGAUGUGGAUAUGGUGGAUCUGGGAUUUUAA